UGGAGUGCUGUGGCCUCAAUUCAUCAAUGGUGAACAAUGCUAAGAGUGGGACUGAAAAGAUGUAUUCAAAACUGUGGCCUUGGAGUGUGAAAAGGUGAGAGGAAAAAACAGACACAAAUAUAACAGGAUGCAACACUGAAUAUCUCUGCACUUAGCAGCUUUAGCAUUUCUUAACAUGAGCUUCAUUUUUGGUAUGAAAAUGUAAAUUCAUCUUAUGGCGAGAAAGAAUUGUGUGACAGAUGAAAAGCAGGAUAACGUUUACCUUGAUCUUCUAUCUUUCUUUCUUUUUUUUUUUGGUCGUCUCAGUGGAGUGAUGCUGGUGUGAGUGAGUCACAGAGUUUUUUGAAUGGCGGGCUGGGUUUAUAAACCUCCGCCAGCCCCUCAACACAUGAGUUUGGAGGCCACUUGUCUCUGCCGCCCGUCACGUAUGCACAUGCAGCGAGGUCCGACAGCCUCAGCAUCCUUACUUUUCACCCUGGAGGGCACGGACAGACAGCCCUUCAUCAUGAGGUCCUUCUUCCUUCUGCUCGUCUCCCUGUUGUUGGUGUCUCACGGCUCUUCAGCGGUCAUCACAGGGGCCUGUGAAAAGGACUCUCAGUGUGGAGGAGGGAUGUGUUGUGCGGUGAGCUUGUGGAUCCGCAGCCUGCGUAUGUGCACGCCCAUGGGACAGGAAGGAGACGACUGUCACCCAAUGAGCCACACGGUUCCUUUCUUUGGGAAGAGGGUCCACCAUACUUGCCCCUGUCUGCCCAACCUGUCGUGUAUCACCAUAGAGGAGGGGAGAUCCAAAUGUCUCUCAACGUACGAGUAUCCAGACCUAUACCUCUGAGGACCAACACUUAGUGUUACACUAUUUGUUACCUGCACUGUAACCAUAUUUAAAAGCCUAUUUCCACUUUGUUUUUUAAAUUUGUUUUGAAUAAAAAGAUUUUUGGUUCAAUGGAACUUUAUAUAUAAAAGGGAGAAGUUCUCAACUUUGACCCUUUGAGCCAAUCAAAUAUUGAACAUGAUGCCAGGUGAGGG